GACACGGGAUAAGAUGGACGGCCAAGCUUGCGCACUGGAUCGCGAAUAUAUACGACGCCUACUUUUUUCUUCUCUUUCUCUCUCUCUCCCUCACGAGCUGUGCACAGUGUUCUCCGCUGCGGUUUCCUGGUUUUUGCGUGCGUGUGCGACACUUGUGCGGGGAAUGUGUACCUGUGCUCGACUCUCUUUGGUGCGGCGACUGUUAUAGAAGCUUCGUUCCGAGAAAAUAAGUCGAGCUUUCGGGGGAAUCGUGUCGGGCCAAUCCGUUGACAGCUGCGAGGAAUACAGAUCGGGACGAUAAAGAAUAGGACUCGCGGAGAUCGACGUAGCGGGAAUAAUGGACGGCCGCGCGGAGAGAGGGAGCUUGCAAGCUCUCGCGCACUGCGUGUGUUUCUCUCUCUUCUAUUUUCUAUCUCGUCGCGCGGUGCGGGUGCCUACUCUCUUCGACACACAUUUUAUAUAUAUAAUUCCUCUCUCCGCGCAGCGUGUCUCACAUGUACACGCGAUUGUUCAUUGCGUUUAUCCUAUAGGUAUAAACUAUAUAGGUAGCGGUAGAGAGGCGAGAGAAUUCGGGAGGCGGACGAACGGAGCAGACGAUGUGUCCGCGUUUCGGUGCGGCUGCUGUUGCUUUUUUCUAUUUGUUUUGUCGCGCGCGGUGUUACAUGGUAUAUGUACGAGACGGAGACGCGCGCGAAACAGGGUCAGAUGUUUCCCUCGCAGCUCUCUCUGAUGGAUAGCGCGCGCCGAGUGUCAGUCAGUUAAAGACGCAAACAAGGAAGAGUCUUUUUUGUUUUGAUUUUUUUUCUUUGCCGGAUUGAUGGUGAUGGGGAUGAUGACGGAGAUGAUGAACUCAAGUGGGGAACGGCCUUAAUUGGCUCGGUUUUCUAAAGCUGAUGAUUGAAACUCUGAGGAAACAUUGAUUUCUUGAUUUUGCAAGGGGAAAAAGAAAGAGUAUAAUUAGGCCUGACGAUUAAUAACUCAGUUAAAAUGUUACACUUUAAUAAGCUUCAAGCACGCACGAGCUUUCUUAAUUUAAAAGUUGUCGUUGUCUUGUUGUUGUUGUCUUCGUUGAAUGCAUUAAAGUAAAUUUAUCAUGAAAUUAGUUGUAUAACUAUAAAAGAGUAAAUCACUUUGAUGAAAUUUAACGACGUGUUGCAAACAAUUUCAGCGAUUCAUAUCUUGCACUACUUGUUAUUUCUGCCAUCAACGACGAUCAUACAAAAUUUAAAAAUAUUAUUAUUUUCUUGAUCUCGUCUUCAAUACACUAUCAUUCAACAAUUCAAACGAGUAUUCAUUGAAUAAACGGUCGAAUAAAAAAUUCAAUCCCACAGAACAGCCUCUUCAAAUCGUCCAUUCUCAUCCAAUGGAAAGCUCGGCAACCAAACCAUAAAUCAACCUUCACAAUCGCACAUCCUCCAACUAAAAACAAGAUACACCUCGAAAGCUCGCGGUCCACAUCGCACGCCGCGACCACUUGAGAGCCUCAACCCGCGCCAAUUGCUGAUUUACGAUCCGAAGCCGCCAUAUAUCUCGGCAAUGCAUGCAAAAGUCGAAGCAACGGCGCAGUGAAGCAAGGCCAAGCACGCGAGGACAGCUCUCGCUAUAAGAACAAAAGCCGAGCGUGAUCGUUAUAGGUCUAAGUCGCCGCGGGCGCGAGAGAGAUAGAGAGGAAGAGAAAAGUCUCGUCGGAUUGCCAAACUCCAACUAUAUAACGAUAUACACGGCGGCGCGACGCUCUCGGCUCUUGGUUUUAUUUCGGGCUCGCCACGUGCGGCUACUAUGCUCUCGAAGAUAGCUCUCGAAUGAGCGCUCGCGAUAUGCGUCUGCGCGCGAGCCGAGAGCAAGCCGGGGAUUUUUCAAAACAAAAAAAGCCGAGAACGCUUGUAGUCGGCGCUGGCGCGUGUACGUGUGUGUGAUGAAUGAGGAGGCGUCGGGGGAGCGGAUAAUGGAGGUGCUUUGAAUUUUUUCGUCGUAUGGUUGGUGAUGGUUUAUUCGUCGAUGUGGUGUUUGUUAAGUUUUGUGUGUUAUGGGGUAGAGAGAUCGAUGGUGUUGAAGAGACUGUUUUUGGGUUUGAUCGAGGCGAGGGGAAGGCUGCGAUUGGGAGAAAAGUGGACUACCCGCACCCCCGGGCAAACCAAUCCUCAUCCCCGGGGAGGAAGAUGCCCAGCCAGACGUCGUGGGUAUCCGCUGGGAGCGAUCGCCCUCGAACGGCGGCUCGGCUAUCAUUGGCUACCACGUCGAGCAUCGCAAGAUGGGCUCGCCGCACUGGGUCAGGUCUGCGCCGGUACUUUGUACCUUUCCGGAGUUGACGCUCAGCGGAUUGGAGCCAGGAUGGAGGUACCAGUUCAGGAUCCGAGCGCAGAAUGCACUGGGCUUGAGCGAACCUAGCGAGCUGUCGGAUCCGCUGUCGGUCACGCUGCAGAGGACUGCGUCGAGCGCGCCUAGGUUCGAUCUGGAUCUCAGGGAUUGCGUUGCUUUGGAGGGCGAACAGGCGGAAUUCGAAGUAAUCUACGCUGGAACACCAUUACCGAAGGUAUCAUGGUUCAAAGAUGGUUUCGAGAUCUUUAGUAGUAGACGAACGAUGAUUACAACCGACAGUGGAAAAAGCGUACUCAUAAUACAAAGAACAUCGAUAGACGACGAGGGGGAAAUCAAAUGUUCUGCUACGAACCGUGCAGGGCAUAUCAGUACUCGAGCUAAGUUGAUGAUUGAAGCUCCUCCUCAUGUUAGAUUGCCACGCCAGUAUGAAGACGGUCUGUUGUUUGAGCAGGGGGAGACGAUUAGACUGAAGGCUACAAAUGGUGGCCGGCCACCACCUAGCAUAACUUGGUACCACAACGGUGAGAUAAUCAUUGUCGAUCAGCGACACAAUUUCGAGUCGAUUACUGACAACGAGACCAUCUUGAAGAUUCAGGAUGCCAAACGCCAGGAUCGGGGGGAAUACACGAUCAGGGCAAUCAACAAACUUGGAGAGGAUGUCGCAUCCUUUUUGGUCACCGUCACAGAUCGACCUGCAGCACCAGGAAAAACUAUAGUUACAAGUACCUUAGGAAGAUCGGUUACACUAGCGUGGAAGGAGCCUGAUGACGAUGGUGGUUGUAAAAUUGGAACGUACAUUAUAGAGUAUUAUAGGAUUGGUUGGGACGUAUGGUUGAAAGCUGUAACCUGUAGACAGAUAACGGCGACAUUAAAUGACUUAAUCGAAGGUUCAGAGUACCGGUUUCGAGUGAAAGCUGAAAAUCCCUACGGCGUUAGUGAUCCCAGCGAGGAGAGCGAUAUCAUAUUCAUACCAGAUCCUAAAAGAGGAAUAACGGAGCCAAACAUGCGAGCAAAGUCAGCGAGUCACAGGGACAUUCCGCGGGGACGUAGCGAGAGGCGUGAGGUCAGCUUCAAUGAACCCGCCCAGCGCACGCGUAGUCUGACUCGCGAGGAGGCGUCCCAUCGCGAGGCAAUGUCUGCUUACGAGCGCACCGCCUCCUCGCAGCGUCUUCUGGCGUCUGCGCAGCAGCAGCCACAACCACCCCCGCGACCCUCGAGAGCCGACAGUCGCGUGACCUUUGCCCUCGAUACCACCAGUCGCGAGAAGGACGAACCCAAAAGACAAUGGUCCAAGGAGUUAUUGCCACAACCUGGCGAGCUUGCAAUUCUCGCAAGAGGCACAUCACAACAAACAGCGGUGGUCAUCACACCCAGCUUCGACGAUUCUGGCGGACGUCAUCGUUCAUUCAUAGAGUCUCGUUCACGUUCAGUAUCAUUUUCACGUGAUCACAGCCCAUCACCCUUGGAACUCGAGGAAACCACGGAAAUUGCAAUCAAAGAGCGCGUAGAAAGCAUGACCCUAAGAGGACAGCUCAGUCCUCCGAGAACACCCCGACGACGACGCAGUAGCGGAGAAAUUCGAGAUGCAAACAACAGUUUAAGGACCCUGAGACGAGAGGAUGAAGAAACUAUGCUUCACGGAAGCAGCGAAUUUAUGUUAGUACUGUAUCCAGGUGAAGAAGAUGGACAACAGCACGAAGCAAGUCGGAUCGAGAAAGCAGCUGAAGCUAUGAGACGGGAUAGUAGAGAGGCGAGGAAUAACCAGUCGGUGAAACAACAAUCAGCCGUUCAAGUACCAGAAGAAUCCGAAGAAGAGGAUCUCGUCCCGCCACCCAUGUCUAUCUCCCUACCAGAACUCUUUAGCGCAGACCACCAGGUCGUCGAGAUCUUCCGGGAAGCAGUCAGUUCCACCGAACUUCUUCACGAACGCGCGAUGGAGCGUUUCUACAAAGCAGUCGAAGCCGAGAAGUCUCAAACAAAGUCUCAACCUAAGGACGUGAACAACUUGAAACCUCCUGGAGAGGGUGAAGGUUAUCCUUUGUUCAGUGGCCGAACGCGAUCGGUGCGCAGACGACUCUCGAAUUCGGGUGCCAACGCCACAACCUGGCAGCUUAAGCGAGACAGGAGGCGGUCCAGCGAGGGUCAGGCUAAGGUAGAGUUAUUGAAAACACCGCAGGUACCCACUGUCGGGAUGCCACUGCAGAAUGUCUCGUCGGACCCUAACUUACCGACGAGUGACGAAAUGCUUGCUCAGAAAAACCCUGAGCCUUGGGGCUUGGGAGGUGGAUUAGGUGACAGCGCCGAGAGACUUCGUAGGUGGCACGAGCCUGGAAUGGAUCUGAGUAAUGAGAAUUCUAUUGCUGAGAUGAUUAACAAAGAGAAUUUCCAGAACAAGCAAAAAGACGAAUUGCUGAAGCUACCGGAUCUCAAUAUCAGAGAGCCAAUGAAAGUGGAAGAAGAGUACGACGAAGUGGCGCCUGACACUGGCGAACUUCUAGCAGAUGACAGCAUUGAGACAUCGGGAGUCUCCUCAGAAUCUGAAAGCACUGACAGCGAGGAUCUGAAGCAACUCAAAGCUCGGAUAAUGGCUAUUCCUGUGGUCGACGAAGAAGACACUUAUAAUCCACGAGGCCGAAUGGUCGUACACUCAGAGCACGAUGUACCGCCCCCGGUACCACCUCACAGAGUUCCCGUCGUCGAUGUUUCACCACCUAUACCUGAUCGAAGGAGUAUGUCGCCAACGAAUCUUACCCCAGCAUCUUCCAAUAGUGCCAUUGUACCCAAGUCCAUACUGAAGAAACGCACUGAGACUGAACCCGUGCCUACAAAUCAGUUUGGCAGGCCGAUUCCACCGGAGAAGCCGAUCCGCAAGUCGUUGCCGGCUUAUGACGAUAUCGGAAUGGAUGUGGCUAGCAGCAGUAAAUCUUUGUCGAAUCUGGACUUUACCGAUGAAACUGCCACAUUAGAAACUACUACAGCUGUACCAACAUCCACACCUUCACUUACGACCUUAUCUACUACUACUGCCGCGCCCACACCGGUAACUACGACACCGACUGCAACUGCGGCACCUACUGUAACUACGACUCCGACUACAAUUACCAGUACGACUGAUGCCGAUCGUGAAAAAGAAGCCGUAAUUUCUGCGGGAGAAGCGGCCGUAACUAAGAGAAGACAGAUGAGACAAGGCUCGAAGACACUCUCUAUCGAAGACGCUGAAGAAAUAAAGGAAGAGAAGAUGGCUGUAGUAAGUCACUACACGGAAAUCGUUAGACAGUACUCUCAUCCGGAAUUCCGACAACGAUCACUCAGUCGGGAUAGGGAACAACAGCAGCGACGAUAUACCGAGAGUCCCUCGGAGUCCCGAGUGAUGUCUCCAGUUCCAAGCCAGCCGCUUACAUCGAACAUUCACAAAGAAAGGUUACCGAUCACUCCGGGUAAAGUGAUAACGCCGAUCCCACCGAGUGUUCCACUGAUGGGUGUACCAGCCAAGAUAAUCACUCCUAUACCACCGGUGUUGCCGACAACACCGAUAAAGAAAGCCAAGCCCAUCGAUCCCUCUGAGCAGAAAGCUAGAAGAGGCAGUUUGACGAACCGAUCGAACGAGGAGGCAUCGGUCUCUAGAGGCAGAUCGAGAAAGCAAGAACCCACGAAUGAGAUGACGAGACGACCAGGGAAGAGUAGCGUCAGUGACUCCAGAAGUUCCACUCCCACACGAAGGCCGGAAAGUCGACCUCAGUCCAGAAAUGAAUCCCCUAUGCCCAGAUCAAGAAACGUGUCGAGAGAUCGAGCGCCAUCGGUAGCGGGAUCGCGAUCAUCGUCUACGACUAGGGGUGGCGAGUCCAGGCCCUCUACCGGCAGACAGCAGACCAGAGGCAGUAGCAGACCUUCUUCCAGGUCGAACUCAAAGGAUCGGUCCAGGGCGAACACCCCAACGGCGGAGAAGAUUGAGCGACUGCAGCGCGCUCUGGACGGUAAGAACAACCGGCUCAGGCGUGCUUCGACCAAGGACGAGACCAAACAGAAGGAAGAGAAGGAGAAGAGCACGAUGUUGACGAUAGCGGCCGAGAAGAAGGUUCGCAACGUCUUCGACUACGUGAUGGACGUAGGUUUAUUGCUGGCUGCCCUGUACGUGUAUCUGUUCAAAAAAGAAGUCUUGGCGAUUCCCAUUAUUGCGCUACUGCUUUAUCGGUAUAUCCAGCAGGAAAUCAGCGAAUGGAUGCCAACCUGGUUGAAAAGGCGCUGAUGUUGAGGAUGACGAUAAUGGCUUGUGCGAGUUGUUCUUUCCACUUUUUUUAAAGGAGAAUGUUAAGAAGGCACUGAUACUUUGGCCCUCGCGAAGAUUUUUUUUUACACUUUUCCUAAGGGUAUCUCCUUUUCUGUUUAUCGUUCUUUUUUUUUUAAAUUAGGUUUGCAAGAUUUCAAGUAGAUGAUUUUAUACGAGAGAGACGUUUCCAUACUCCGUGUUUGAUUUACCGAUUUUCAAUUUUUUGCCUCUGACUUUCGAAAUUUUGACGAUUGCCCUCGUGUUGAGCUAAAUAUUAGAAAGAAAAAAAAUUGUAUCGUAGAAAUAACACGGACUUAGCUUUGGCCAUUAUUUUAACAUCCUCUUUUAACAAAAUUUUGAUUUUAAAAUCUUAUUAUACAUAUUCAUUUAUGUGAUGUGAGCGAUAUACACAUGAAUUUCUAGGCACAAAACUUAUAUCUAAUAGGAUACUCAGUUGAUUUGUACGAUGAAAUGUAACGAAGGAACUGAGAAAAAUAUUAUCAUUUAUCAAUCCUGUAUAUAGGUUGAUAUUGUUAUUUAUUAAAGAGUAUAUACAAGAAAGAUAAAUCUGUUCUUGCGCACGAUUUCCGUUCCAAAAAGUUUUCUGUAUACGAUAAAUGUUUACGAUUGUUGAGAAUUUUCGAAGAACCAAAUAAAUAUAAUAAAUGAUAUGUGAAAAUUAAUUUAUGAAAAUAUGUUACCUACUGUUAAAUAUAUAUUUAUAACAAAGUGAAUCGAGACUAUACGUUUAAUUUUAUAACACACAAGUUCAGAAAAUUCUAUUGAAAAUGUAACUGAUGAUAAAAUAAUAAAAAUUUAAUUUAA